AUGGGAGGAAAGUGCCUGGUACUGGUCGAUGAGGAGGGGAAGAAGCUUGUGGAAGGACCAGCAUGUACCGACAACUUCCAGAUCGUCAAGUUCGUGUUCGAUGACCUUGAAUGGCACUCUGUUGAGCAAUGCUUCCAGGGCGUGAAGUACCUUUCAGAACGCAAGCUUCUGGUUCGAGACAUGCUGCCGUCUGAGGGAGAGUCGGACAAGCAUUAUGGCCUCCGCAUCUGGAGAGAAGGACAGGGAUAUGAAGAUCAGAAGAACCCGCGCUGGCAUGACGUCAAGGUGCACGUGAUGUAUCUCAUCAAUCGCGCCAAGUAUCAGCACAACCCUACGUUGCAAGAGGAACUGCUCACAACCGGUGACAAGAUCAUCUGGGGGAAACCGAGCACGCAUCUCUGGCAGAAAUGGAAUGGUCUGAUCCAAAUGCGCAUCAGAGAUGAGAUCAGAAGCAACAACCUCGACUCGGCGCCACUUUCUCAAGACGAGCUUAUCUUAUCGUUCAAACCAAAUCUUGACAAGUACGUCAAGCUUGGAUUGCUUGACGAAAGAAUGGAAUGA